AUUCUGUACAUAAAGAAAACACGGGAUAAGCGAACUCAAUGAAAUUAAUAAAAGCUUGCCUGAGUAUUAACGGUUUAUUCACACGUAUUUACAAAAUUAUCCUAUGUCGCAUACUUGGGCUUUUGAAAAAAGUGAUUCUGUGGGACUACAUGUAUUGGCGUUCCCCUCCUCUGCGAGGGCCCGGCUAGUUCGCUAAGAGACGAUUAAUAGCUUUCUAUUUGCUAAACAAAAGCUCUCCCAAUGUCUACACUAAGCAGAUCUAGGGCGACUCUUUCGCCAGCAACUUCUGAAAGAUCUACUCUGCCUAUGGGAGCAACAGCUGAUGCUGGAAGCCAAGAAUUCACCCCAUUGGAACCGACUAGGGAGCAGCUACUUGCGCAUUUCUUUGAGCGAUUUAAAUUUUACACUUCUUUAUGUCUCGGCACAUCAGCUAUUCUCGCUGUGUUUGCUUUUUUAUUCCUAAUUCCAUUUGUGGUUGAACCAGCCAUACAAACUAUACUUGCUGAAUUCGCACCGGAAGCUGGAAUAUGUAGUGUAUCAGAUCAUGUUUAUGCUGAGACUCUGACUAAUUGUACCUGGGCGUCAUGUAGAGAAGGCUGCACGACGAUGCCUACAAGGUGCCACAAAAUCCGAGUUAACUUAGCAAGGAGACCAUUUCUUGGAAACGAGACACUACCAAUAGAAUGGGAUGAAACCGAUUUGAAAUUUCUAAUAAAUCCUGAAGGAUGUGGUUAUCCACCAAAAGUGAACUGCUCGGUGUUUGCAAUUGAAUAUGCCGGUAGAAAAGCGCCGAAAAUAUUUCCUUGUUUCUAUAGUAUGACUCGACCUGAAUUGGUAGUGGCAAGAUAUUCUUGGGAAUCAACAAUACGAGGGUUAAUACUGGCCCUGGUUCUUCCAACAACAGUCUUUGUGUUUAGCUUGAGUGUCCUUGCGUACUGGCACUGCCACUGCUGCGACAGGGCUUGUAACAGACGGGUACAUGCUGAAUCAUUUUCGAGCAAAGAAGAUAGUAAGUUGCUCUGUGAACUGGACGAAGACCCAACCGAUGACGUAUUCUGACGCCAGGCCACUACCUAUCCACGACGUCGCACAUCACCCAGAAACGGCUAUACCCAGUUAUAAAUUUAAAAAUUGGAAAGAAAAACAUAAAGUAAAGUAUUUCCUAAUCGUUUAGUAUAUCAGAACAAAAGCCCGAAGACUUGGAUUUAUAUUAUCAGUGCAUUAAAAUGAAGUUCCGUACUUUUACUCGCCAGACUAUUUACUCGUAUCAUAUAGUCUGGCGAGUAAAAAUACAGUAUCUGGAUACACAUUAAUUUCGAUUUUAAAUUUAUCUUUUAAAUUUUAAUUCUAUUAAUGUAUAUUAACAAAAAUGGAUUUCAUGUGUUUUAUCAAUGUGUUUAUUAACUUAAAGUAAUGUAUUAUUAAUUAUUAUUGCGUUAUAUUAUUUAAAUAGAAGUUCUUAGUAAAAUUAAUUCAUAAUAUUUAAAGAUUAUUUACACUUACAUAUUAGAAUACCGGUUUUAUGUAGUCCAUUAGUUUCAGUUUAAUACUAAAUAUCUUAGUCUUUCUAUGAGGCAGAUUCAACAGGUCAGCAAAUGAUGCCGUAGACAAUAAUCACUUAGGAUAAAAUGUUAUGGGUAUAUCUGUUAAAAGGUUAAUAAUGGACCACGUUGGCAUUAUUUAUAUGUGAGGUUGAAUGUGCGGCUUAAAACUAUUAAAAGAAUGUUUGAUUAGAAAUCACGACGCAGCCAACCAAGCACCUGCCUGCACACAGUCAAAUGUAAAAGCGGCUCAAUAAUAGAUCCCCGUUCAUAAUGUGGUCGGUGGCAGUGACAGAUUUCAGCAUAUGUCAUUUAAAAUAUUAUUUGACAAUAAAUAUUGUGUACUUAAUUUCACAUUCGAAGAUAAUUACUGCAUUAUAUUUGCAGUAGGGAUAUCAUAAAAUGUGUCUGAUAUCUACAAAGCGUACCAGCGAAAAUUUAAGCUUAAUAUUUUAUCAAUGUUAUUUAAUUAAAAGAAUCGUCUCUUUCUAAAAUUGAGCUAGGCCGGAUACUAUAAGAAAAUCGCUGGCUUUAGCUUUAAGGUUGUAGAUAGUUAAAUUCACUAUAUUAACAGAGAUUUACGUUACCAAAAUAUAUUGUUGAAUGUAAAUAAUUGCUUGAUUCAUAGAUUUUCUAAAGCUUUGAAAAGCUUCGAGAUUUAUACGCAUCUUGUACGGAUAGUAAAUUCGAUCAAUGGCUUUUAUGUAUUAAAUGCUCUGUACUUAAAAAUUCAUUAUUUAUAUUAGAAUAUUAAAUAUUAAAGAUUAUAUUCAAUGAUUUAAUGACAUAUGGCUUUGGUCUUAAAAAUAUUCGGUUUGGAGCUAAUAGGCAUUUCACAACUCGUGUUAAAAUAUUUAUUAGUAUAUUUGAUUUAUAUAAAGCCAUAACUAAUACUGAGUCAAAGUGAAGCAUAGUACAAAAAAAAUAUGUAAAAAUCAUUGAUCCUGCACUUUUCAAAUACUUAAACUCCAUUUAUAACUUUAGCGUACGAGAAAAUGUGUUUUAUUACAACUUAUACUAAGGAAAUUAAACUAUAUUACUCAAUAUAUAAGCUUACUAUAGAAUACCUAUAAAAGUUCAAAAAUGAAAGGCAGACACUCAAAUAAAAAAUCUAAAGAAUAUUUUAUUUUAUGUCAAUUAUAGUUUGUUUGUCUAUCUUUGUAAUAUUCAUGUUACACAAAAUAAUAUUGAAACUAUAAAUACAUUAUACAAAGCUAAAUUAGUUAUCCGAAUUACAUAUAUGGUACAUAUAAGUAAUAAUUUGAUUUGAAAUGGUUUUAUUAAAAUGAUCUAUCUAAAAUUUGCCUUCGAUAAAGUAAUAUUACUGUAAUUUAAAUUCAUUGUAAUCUACUAAGACGUAACAUUUUUAAAUACAUAAAGUUAAAAUCUUUUUCAUAUCAAAUGCAAGUUUGCUAGUGAAUUAGUUUUCUAUCACAAAAUUGUG